AAGAAACGGAUGGAGGCGGAAUGAUGGGGCAGUUGGCGUCGACGGGAGAAGAUGAGUAGAGGUGUGGCAGCCGAGUAGAUAAAUCGACGAGGAAGCUGGUGCCAGAACUCGUGGGAGGAGAUAUGGGAGCAGGCGUCGUUGUUGAUCGCAGGACUGAUGGCCAGGGGAGUUAGGGAGAUGCACGGUCACUGGGUGCUUUUGAAUUAGUUAGGGGUUUGUAUUUCUAAUUAAUUCAUUUUUGACAUAUAUGAUAAAAUAAUUAAACUAAAACAGAAAUUAGGAGUAAAUGAAGGGUAAUUAUAUCAUUUCUCAGCUCAUUUAAUGGUAACUUAACGGAAAAAUAGAUGGAAGGGUAAAAUUGUUACGUUUUAAUACUAGAAGGGUAUGUUCGUGCAAAAAUUUAGUAGAGGGGUACGUUUGUUAAUUUGUCAAAGUAGAGGGUACAAAAUGCAAUUAACCCAUUAAAAAAUGAUGACUGUUUAAUACUAACUGCAAAAGUUUGUGGAGCUAAUCAGUAAUUACCAACAUUUCCUUUACCACUGGCCUUGUACUCUCCAACUCUCUGCCACAGUCUGCAAGUAGAAUUCGCUAAACUUUGAGAGCUCGAUCACUCAAAUGCAGUAGACAAACGGACCUAAUCGUCUGGAUUUCCCGGCCUGAAAGAUGACAGGAACCGGGCGGCGGACGGUGCGAAGCAAAGGCAAAUUAGCCGUCGCAGACAGCAUUGAUGUCAGCGACGUUUCUCGUACCAGCUCCAGACCGAGCUCGAAAUCACGCAUGGAUCAUCGGAGAGACGGGAGCUUGAUUCGGAUUCUCAACGUUGACUUGAGAGUCAUACUCGCCAUUGGCUUAGUAGCUUUUCUCGCCAUCUUCUUCUUGAUUCAGAGUCUGAUUGCUCCUGUUGAAGAGUCUCAUCAGAGACCUAGGGUUGUUACUCCAUUCCCUUCUCCCAAGCUCAUGGAGCUCGAUCAGUUUCAAGGGGAGCAUAAGGAGAGCUUGUACUGGGGAACUUAUCGUCCUCAAGUUUAUUUCGGAGUUCGAGCUAGGGCGCCUCGGUCUUUGGUUGCUGGUCUGAUGUGGCUAGGAGUGAAAGAUGGGAGGUACCAUAUGCGGCAUGUUUGCCAGGACUCCGACGAGUUGAGCAAAUAUGGCUGGAUUGCUCAUAAUGGUCGUGAUUUUGGGAAGCAAGAGCUGGUUGAUCAGGAAUUGAAGCUGGAGACUAGUUUCUUGAAGUCCAGGAGUCAAGGCAGUGGUUAUGGUGGAGAUUGGGCUGUUCAGAUUGAUGUACAGCAUGAGAAAUCCGGACCAAGUAACGAAUUGCUGAAAACCGGUCAUAUGUUUUUCUAUCUCGCUGAUGAGAGUGGGAAUGCUCUGAGUCCGAACAGUCAUGCCGAUGAAAAUAAUGUGGAUUCUCUUCUGGUAUCAGGUUCAAGAGCAGACGUUGGAGAAUGGCAGGUGCAUUUAAAUUCGAAGGAAAAUUUGGAGGUUCACUAUUCUGGUUUCAGGACCUCUUACAUUCACAAUUUAUCCGAUCUUAUUCUGCAAGAUCUUAGUGAGCAGGUGAGGAAUUUUGGCCGACUGCAGCUGCCUGAUUCAUCUGAAAAUUCCGCGAACAUAUUAGUUUUCCAGGUGGCUGCAAAGAUUCCAUUCAGGAUGGAUAUUACCUUUGUGUCUGGAACUGAGGGGAAAGGUUCAAGCUCAGAACAAAGAUUGAGCAGCCUUCAAGGUGCUUCAUUGAGCACUCAGCUACAGCAGAAGCAAGCAGAAUUUGACUCGAAGUUUGAGCAGCUCUUUAAUGGAGCCCACAAGCUGGAAUCUGAUUCCGCUGUGGUUGGUAAGGCUGCUAUAGCCAAUAUGUUGGGAGGCAUUGGCUACUUUUAUGGACAAUCGAAGAUUGCAUAUCCUCAUUAUGAAGGUCAUGACAAUUAUAUUGCAUAUUGGCCUGCUGAGCUGUAUACAGCUGUCCCUAGUCGGCCCUUCUUCCCUAGAGGUUUUCUUUGGGAUGAAGGUUUUCAUCAAUUACUCAUCUGGCGCUGGGAUCUCCGUAUAUCAUUGGAUAUUGUUGGCCACUGGUUAGACUUGAUGAAUAUCGACGGUUGGAUCCCUCGUGAGCAAAUCCUUGGUUCUGAAGCUCGUAGUAAGGUUCCAGAAGAAUUCAUUCCUCAGUAUCCAAGCAAUGGAAAUCCUCCGACUCUCUUUUUGGUUAUUCGUGAUCUGCUUAACGGUAUAGAGAGGAACAUCUUCACGGAUGUGGAAAGCAGAGACGUUACUUCCUUCCUGGAGCGGGCUUUUAUUCGUCUUGAAGCUUGGUUACAGUGGUUUAAUAUUACACAAUCAGGAAAGCAGAAGGGCAGCUACUAUUGGCACGGUAGAGAUAACAAGACAACUCGUGAGCUGAAUCCAAAGACUCUUUCUUCAGGAUUGGAUGACUAUCCUCGUGCUUCUCAUCCAAACGAAGAUGAACGUCACGUGGAUCUCAGAUGCUGGAUGCUUCUCGCUGCAAACUGCAUGCAAUCCAUUUCAAAGUUCUUCGAGAAUGGAGACAUCCCUGGGAAGGAAUAUGCUUCAACAGUGAAACUACUUUCGGAUUUUGAGUUGCUGAACGAGAUGCACCUCGACCCAACCAGUGGAGCUUAUUUCGAUUUCGGAAAUCAUACAGAACAGGUUCGUUUGAGUUGGAAAGAGGUAAGAGGGGAAAACCACCAUCUGAAACGAGAACUUGUCCGGGAAGCAUUAGAAAGGCCAAAAUUGAGGCUUGUCCCCCACAUUGGCUACGUUAGCUUAUUUCCAUUCAUGGGGAAUAUCAUUCCACCUGAUUCAUGGAUUCUUGAAAAACAGCUCGACCUCAUUUCGAAUGGUAGCAUUCUGUGGACGAACUAUGGACUCCGUUCUCUUGCCAAAACAAGCUCAGUAUACAUGAAACGCAAUACAGAGCAUGACCCUCCAUACUGGAGAGGGCCUAUCUGGAUGAACAUGAAUUACUUGGUCCUUUCUGCGCUACACCACUACUCCCAAGUGGAUGGACCAUACAGAGAAAGAGCAAAGCAGAUAUACAGUGACUUGAGAAGUAACUUGAUAAGAAAUGUAGUUCAAAACUACAACCAAACUGGGUUUUUGUGGGAACAAUAUGAUCAGAGGAAGGGUAAAGGGAAAGGUGCUCGUCUCUUUACCGGCUGGACCGCACUCGUGCUUCUAAUCAUGGGAGAAGCCUAUACUUGAAGUACUGAAGAUUUACAUUCUUGUGUUCAGUGUUCAGUUUAGUCUCAUUGUAGACGGAUCUCAGAGCAGCAGAUUUUGAGCGAUUUUGACUCAUUCCGCCGAGGGUAGAUUGCCCCAGGAUUCUUGGUUAGAGGGUGGUGAUGGAUCACAUGAUAUCCACUCCCCACAUUAACCCCUUGGCCCUUGGGGUUAAGAUUUACAGUGAAAGAUCUCAUCAGAUUGUGAAGACAAUUUUCAUCAUCAAAGUUCACAUACAAUCUCGUCCAGUAGUCAUGCUCACAAUUCAUCACAUUAUGCUUCUUAGGUAAAC